GGUUAAAAGCCCCCGCGCAUCGUUUUCGAACUAUAUAUACACAGCCGAGGGGAAGCCCGAUUUCGAGAAAGCGAAAUGAAUCCAGGGAUGGCUAGACCUGGAGUUGUUGCAGAAGAUGAAGAGAGUGCGCUUGGUGGAAGCAAAGUCCAGCCAUUCUCCACCCCAACGUAAGCAUCAAAGUGUUCCUAGCUACUCUUCGGCACUAGUUUUGCAGCGAGGAACGGGGGAAUAUGAAGGACGCAGGAAGGCAUAAGCCCGCUUCGCCGACAGAGAUCUUGGGCUUGAAGGACUUCUUCUCUCUAGAGGUAUGGAGAGCGUCGUUGGCGGAGCUCCUAGGCACGGCGGUGCUCGUGUUCGCCUUGGACACCAUAGUGAUCUCCUCCUAUGAGACCGAAACCAAAACGCCCAACCUAAUCAUGUCGUUCCUCAUCGCCGUCACCGUGGCGAUUCUCCUCCUCGCCACGUCGCCCGUCUCCGGUGGCCACAUCAACCCCGUCAUCACUUUCUCCGCUGCGCUCACUGGCCUCAUCUCCCUCUCGAGGGCCGCCAUCUACAUUCUGGCCCAGUGUGUUGGCGCCGUGCUGGGCGCGCUCGCGCUCAAAGCCGUGGUCAACAGCAAGAUCGAGCAGGCCUUCUCCCUCGGAGGCUGCACGCUCAACAUCGUGGCGCCCGGCCCGAAGGGGCCUGUCACGAUCGGGCUAGACUUGGUCCAGGCCCUGUGGCUCGAGAUAAUUUGUACCUUUGUGUUCCUAUUCGCGUCGGUCUGGAUAGCCUUCGACCAUCGCCAAGCGCGAGCCCUGGGCCGGGUUAUCAUCUUCGGCAUCAUCGGAACAGUGAUUGGGCUCCUCGUGUUCAUCUCAACCACCGUCACUGCGGCGAAAGGCUACGCGGGAGUGGGGAUGAACCCGGCCAGGUGUUUGGGCCCGGCCCUGGUGAGAGGAGGCCAUCUUUGGAAUGGGCACUGGAUUUUUUGGGCCGGGCCGGCUAUCGCUUGUGUGGGAUUCUACCUCUACGUGAAGAUCAUUCCGAGGAAGCACUUUCAUCAUGCCGAGGGUUACAAGUACGACGUGUCGAACAUUUUGAAGGCCCCGUUUGUUUAGAAAUGGUACUUGGGGGUACUUCAUGGAUUCCCAAGUAAUCAGAUCUUUAGAUCCGUGCACCAAGAUUCC